UGGCACUCAACAUUGUUUUAUCCAUAUAGUUUUUUUGAUUAGUUCGCGAGUGCAGUUUUCCACCCAAACCUGAGGAAAAAGCUCCGGAAAAGUUUGGGCUGCGUGGGUGUCGCCCCUUUUCAUCACUCCACCUUUUUUUGCGAGGUCCCCAAGUCAGUUCCAAUUGCAUGACGAAACAGCCGCGGAACAGUUGCGUCGCUCUUUGAUUAGCUGAAAGCGGGAAAAAUCCAUAAAUUGAUUGAGGAAAAACGGGAAAACUGCAAUAAAAUGCUGCUGCCGACGGUCAGUGGUUCGUCCGCCGCAGGAUGCAAGUGGAAAAACUGCUGUCGCCGCAGCUGGGAAAUGCUAAUGACACCCGUUUCGCCCAAGAAUCUAAGGACCACGGCCCUGCUGACCAGUAUAUAUCAGUUGUUGAUCUCGCAUUGCGCCCUAUUCCUGGUUCUCCUGGGAUUGGCCCAUGCCGAACAGAUGUGCCAGGUCCUGGAGCUGGACAUCCUGGACCAGAAGGACAAUGGCUUCUACAACAUGUCGCCCUUCCACAACGAUCUUCGCCUGCAAACUGCCGCCCAAUUGGCGGCUGCCACGGAGAAUCUGCUGUAUGUAAUGGCUGGAGUGGCCGGAACAUACGCCCUGAGUGCCAUAUCCCUUUUCUUCGGGGUCUACAAGAAUAAGCCGGGCCUAAUCAUUCCCUGGCUGAUCGUGGAGUUCCUGCUGAUGGUGGCCUUGGGAGCUCUGGUUUUCAUGCUGAGGGAUACGAAAAUUGUGCAGAUAUUGGGCGGACAGGUGCCCUAUUUUAUCAUCUGCUAUAUCCUGAUCUGCAUGGAUUACUGCAAGUGGUAUGUGAUGCACAGCUUCUACCAGAGUCUGCGUACCAUGAAUAAACUUCGGGAGAUCGCCACGGUGGCCAUACCUUGUCCAGCUCCAGGAGCCAUACCCUAUCGAUUCCAACGCGAGCACAUGUAUCUCGGAAGCAACGGCUACAAGCACAUCCUAACCGAAUCCCCCGAUGGACAGUGUUAAAUAAAUGAAGAGAGAUUGUUUGCGAAACUUCCCCAUCAGGUGUCUUGAAUGCAAUUGUACUACAGUUUCUGUAUUGCAAAAUUGAGUGUGAUAUGGUUAGAGAAGAGAUACUAUUUUAGAUAGCCAACGGGUACGGAUCGAGAGGCAUAUUAACACAUAUAUUAAACUCGUCUAUAUCCCAAAAAGAGGAAGGCAGUUUCGUUUUAACGCGGUCGGCAAUAUCGGUUUGCUGGCAAAUACAUAAACUAUUUUUGUGUAGAACUUAAUCCUUAAAGUCGCGACAAACGCGUUUCUCACUGUAGCACCUAAAAACAAGUUUAAAAAAAGAAGAAAACGAAUUUUUAAAAAUAAUAAAUAUAUUAUUCACCGGCAGGACUCGAACUCGGCACUUCCAGGCGAAGGGAGCGCACUCUAACCUCUGGACCACGGAGCGAAAGCAGCGCGGCAGAUUAAAUUGGAUUUUAAUCAAGAAUGUUUAAAAAUAAGACAAGCUUUUCUUAUUUAAAAUGGCGUUCAAGUAAUAGCAACGAAGUUUAAAGUUGGUUUUCUUGUUAGACCUUAAUGAAAUUUACUAUAUAUGCCUUAAAUUCAGUUAACUAGCAAUAUUUUAAGUGUUCUUGUUUUGUAGCAUCGAACAACUAAAGUAUGAAUAUCAAAUAAAAGUGCAAAACUGUAACAUAUCUGGUUAAUAUGUCACGCAAA